AUGGCAAUAGUAGAAGAACUGUAUUAUUUACCAGAAGAAUGUUGGGAACAUAUAUUGAAAAUAUUCCUCAAGGAAUGCGGCUACCACAGCCGUUACUUGCAAUCUCCAUCCGUCGUCUCGAAACAGUUUCUCUCUGUAACAGACCAUUGUACAUCCUCUCUUACAAUCUUUAACCAAACCCUCCCUUUCCUUCCUCGACUCUUCCAAAGAUUCACCAACCUCACCUCCCUCGACCUCAGUCACUUCACGGGUAACCGUGACGUGCUUCUAACCAACAUCUCUCGUUUCGGCUUACAAGUCAAAUCACUUAAUCUCUCUAACCACUGCUACAUUCCCGUAUAUGGUUUACAUGUUUUCUCUCAACAAAUUACAACUUUGACCUCUCUAAUUUGUUCAGGCAUUUAUUCCUUCCGUAAGUCUGAUCUUUUCCUUAUUGCUGAUUGUUUUCCUUUUCUUGAAGAACUUGACCUAAGUUCAAGUUCUUCUGAAUAUUAUAGUUUCUAUGAAGAUUUUGAUAUAAAUGCUGUUUCAUUAGCACUCCCUAAGCUCCGCAAGGUUAAUUUCUCAGGUAGCAAUUAUAUUAAGGACUCAUCACUUUUUCAUCUUUGUAAAAAUUGUGAGUUUCUUGAAGAGGUUGUGAUGUUUAAUUGCAAACACUUAACUCAUUUUGGCAUUGCUUCUGCUAUCCGUGAAAGACCAUAUUUGAGGUCUCUCUGCACUAAUUUACCAAGAAUACUGAACAUCGAUAUGGAGUUGAUCGAUUCUCUACGGAGUUUGAAGUGUUUGAGCGUCCUUGAUUUGUCAUGUUCAUUUAUCUCGGAUCAAUUGCUCUCAUCUCUUGCAGAUGAAGGACUACCUUUGAGGAGACUCGUGCUAAGAGAUUGUGGCGGCUAUAGUUAUACUGGAAUCUUAGACUUGUUAUCUAAGUCUCCUCGUUUUCUACAGCAUUUGGAUCUUCAACAUGCUAUGUUUCUAAAUGAUCAACUUGUUGCUGAGUUGUCUAAGUAUCUUUUAUCUUUGGUAUCUAUAAACCUUCGUUAUUGUAGUAAACUCACAGAAUCAACAUUAUUUGUACUUGUUGAAACAUGUCCUUUCCUAGAUGAGAUAAGAAUGGAAUACACACAUAUUGGAAAAUCCUGUGUAGACAAGUAUAGUUCUUUUAGGGAUUCUGUUGUAAACCGUCGAAUGAAAAUGAAGUCUCUCCAUUUGGGUUACAAUCAAUAUUUGAACAAUGAAACCAUCAAAUUCUUUGCUUCAAUCUUCCCAAAUUUGCAGCUGAUUGAUGUGAGCGAAUGUCAUUGCAUAUCUGAUGAUGGUAUAGUUGAAGUUUUAAGAUGUUGUCAAAUUAUGCAUUUGAAUUUAACUUCUUGUCAAAAAGUGAACCUACUUGCGAUGAACUUCCAAGUUCCUAAAUUGGAGGUGUUGAACUUGUCAUUUACAAGAAUUGACGAUAAAACACUUGAUGCGAUCUCAAAGAGUUGCACAGGGCUAUUACAAUUGGAUUUGAAAAGAUGUUAUAAUAUCACAGGGAAGGGAGUGAAGCAAGUGGUAGAAAACUGCACACAGCUGAGAGAGAUAAAUUUGCAGCAUUGUUGCAAAGUGUCUUCUGAUGUUGAUUUUCAGACGGCGAUGGUAUUGUUGAGGCCAUCAUUGAGAAAGAUUAUACCUCCCUAUGAUUUUCGUCCUAGUAACAGCAAGUGGAAACCCUUAUUUGGUCGUGGAUGCUUUCGUUUUUAG